UAACACUAACAUUAUUUUGUUUUACAAAUGACACUAACACUAUAUCGAAAUGAUACUAACACUUGACAUUCGAGUAGGAUAAUUUAUUCGGGUCAGGAUUCGCGUCGGGUAUUCGGGUCACCAUCUAAGUGUACAUGAGAUUUUGUGUGUGUUAAAAUAGGAAAAGAUAGUUAAUUGAAGGAGAUAUUAAAAUGAAAAUAGGAAUACUAACUGUUGAAUGCAUAAAAAAAGUACUACUAGUACAAUGAACUUUCCCAAUACAAUAAUGAUCGUGCCCAAACCUCCCUACGUUAAGACGACCACAGUGUUGACUUGAACAGCGACACAUCUUUCUAUCUCUCUCUUCCAAACUCUCUCUGAGAUGGCGGAGGCGGCAGUGACAUUCUUGCUGGAGCAGCUGAAGGAGGUGGUGGUCGGGUACGCGGAUCUGAUCACCGGAGCGGAGAGGGAGUUCGAUCAGCUGAACCACGACCUUGAUUUACUCAAGGCGUUUCUGAAGGAGAUGGCGGAGAAGAAGAAGAAGGAUAAAAUGUUGAAAUUACUGGAGAGGCGGAUAAGGAAAGUGGUGUACGAGGUGGAAGACACCAUCGACACUUGCUUGACCAAGGCUAUUGAAGCCAAGGCCAGGAACUCCUUACGCCGCCGUAUUGGUAUCAAAAGUGUAAGCCUCGCCAAGGAGGUCAGGGCCGUUAGAGACGAAAAAGUGGUGCCAUUGUUUGAGGAUACCGGUAAGUUUGCUAACAUGGAGAAGAUUGCCCAUGGAGCCGGAGACGGGGCCGGAGAAGAACCACCUACUCACUCGUCAAAAAGGGAUAUACCAAUCAGGCAAAACAGAGUAGUAGGUUUUGAUGAGGAGGAAGCGACCAUAACUGGCUAUCUCAAAGAAAGAAGAGACAAGCUUGACGUUAUCUCCAUCGUGGGCAUACCGGGACAGGGAAAAACAACAUUGGCAUGGAAGAUAUACGAGAACGAGCCCAUUUGUUUCCAUUUCCCCAUCCGCAUUUGGGUUUACAUCUCUCAAGUAUUCAACAGCAGAGACGUGUUCCUCCAAAUUCUUAAGAAAUUCAUCCCCAGCCAAGACACAUCCAGCCUCAACGACGACGAGCUCGCUCAAACAGUUCGCGCGUGUUUGGAGAAAGAGAAGUUCUUGUUAGUCCUAGACGAUGUGUGGAGUAUUGAUGCAUGGGAAAAAAUCCAGGCGGUGCUGCCGUUACACAAUGGGGAGGGUAAAGUCCUCAUCACCAGCCGAGAGACAAAUGUCGGAGUGCAAUCUCAAGUUUACAGACCUCCCCACACAUUGAAGUUCCUAGAUGAUGAUGAGAGUUGGGAGCUUCUCCAAUAUGAGGUGUUUGGGGAUUUGAAUGUUUGCCCGACAAAUUUGAAAGGCAUUGGAGAACAAAUAGCCAUGAAGUGUGAUGGAGUGCCACUGACCAUAGUUGUGAUCGGAGGUAUUCUUAAGGACCAACUCACGAAAUCUCGAUCCGCGGCUGUCAGCGAGUGGGAGUUGACGGCAAAAAGUGUGAGCGAGGCCUUACAGAAUAAGGCGAAGCGCAUAACAGAAGUUGUGGAAUUGAGCUACGACAGAUUGCCCGAUGACUUGAGAGAGUGCUUUAUUUUCUUGGGUGUAUUUCCAGAAGAUUACGAGAUUCCCGCUAAGAUGUUGUGUGGGCUGUGGAUUUCUGAAGGAUUUGUACUGCAGAGAAAAGGAAGAAGCAUCGAGGAAUGCGCAGAGGAGAAUAUGGAUGAUCUCAUCAGCAGGAACUUGUUGAAAGUCGGAAAAACUAAUCACAUGGGAAAAGUGAAAACAUGCCGUGUUCAUGAUAUGAUACGUACAUUCUGCAUAUCCAUAAGUGAGGAGGAGAAUUUAUGUCAAGAGGUUAAAAGAUCAGCAAAAACAGGAGAACUUGAACCUUCAGCUUCUCAGCUACAAGAGUCUCAUCGUCUUUGUUUCCGCUCGGAUUUGUCUAAGUUCCUGUCUGAAAACCCAUCUGGUCCGCAUGUUCGUUCGUUUAUGUGUUUCUACGAGAGGCCUGUUGAGUUGGAGUCAGAACACAUAGCAGUUAUACCAGACGGCUUCAAAAAGCUUAGGAUUCUGGAGUCCAAGUGCAUCAAAUUGGACCAAUUUCCAUCAAAGGUCACCAAGCUAGUUCAUCUUAGAUACCUCACCCUAUAUAUUGAGACUCUGAAAAUUCUGCCAGAGCCAAUCACCCAGCUAUGGAACCUACAAUCUCUUGUAGUGGAGACCAAGUCUCGUUCCAUCACAAUGAAAGCAAAUAUGUGGAGAAUGGUGCGGCUGAGGUAUCUCAAGACAAGGGCUGCUAUUCUCCUAGACAGUAGUAAAUGGGAAGGCGAUGCAGGGCAGAACCUUCAUACGUUGAAUAGAUUGGCCCCCGAAUCUUGCACGGAUGCCGUCUCCAGAAAGGCCAAAAACCUCAAGACCUUGGGGAUCUCUGGGAAACUGGCCACUGUUUUUGAAAAUAACUUCCUAGAAAAAUUGCUUCAUCUUGAAAAGUUGAAGCUUCAUGAACAUACAUCUGAAGAUAUGCUGCCUGAACUUCCCCCACGGAAUUGUUUCCCACGAAAGCUCAAGAGGCUGACAUUAACGAAUACAUCCCUCGAGUGGAAGCAUAUGUCCACGUUGGCAAUGAUCAAGAGCCUGGAGGUCCUUAAGUUGAAAGAGAAUGCAUUCGUUGGAGUGUCGUGGAAUCUUGGAGGUGACAACUUUCCGAAUCUCGAACUCCUGCUGAUUGUGCAAGCAGAUUUAGUUCUUUGGGAGGCCACGCCCGAGUCUUUUCCUAAGCUCAGGUUUCUUGUGGUUAAGAACUGUGAAAACCUCAAAGCAAUUCCAGAGUGUCUGGGAACAUAUCUUGAGAAAUUGGAAAUAGAGCGCGUUCGCCGUUCUGCAGUUCAGUCUGCAAAGAAAAUUGAAAAGCAGCAGAUGGGGCGACCCACCGGCAGAUUUGCGGUUCAACUCAAUCUCGUCCUAGGUCCUGCGUGUGAUACCAAGUGAUCCAACAUUUAUGAGGAGAACACUUCAAAUAAUACCGCCAGAUCAAGUUCAUCAAUACGGAUGUUCAGCUGGUGUGGUUGAUCUUUGUACUUCAUUCAAAUAAAUUCGUUUUCAUUUGUUCAAGAUGAAAAACUUUGAUAUUUCUCUUACAUUUUCGUUUUUAAACUUUGCGCUUCUAUGUUGUGGAGCCUUUUGAAUGUUUCGAAGAAUGGACGUAGUUGUCCGUGGAUGCGAAUCUUUGAGAUUCGCGGAGAAUACGCCAAACCCUGGAUAUUUGAAUUGACCCCAUGUUCGAUUUGAUGAAUUUGUUGAGUGAUUUGGUCAUUAUUCA